UGCAGAAAGAAACUCGGAUUAUUUUAAUCUAAAUCUGAAUGUAGUGGUAGGGACAUUCUUGGUCGCUCUUUCCCACUCAUAUGAUCAGACGGAGUAAUGCCGUGGAGGGCAAGAGCUCCAGCCCAGCCCAGCAACAUGCCCUUUCCUUUGAUAUUCACAUUUACAACACCACCCACACUCAUCAGCUCCGCAAUUAAAUUCCCAACAUGGAAGAAAGCGACCUGCUUUAUAACGAACGCCGAGAAUGCGGAUCACCUUUGAGCCCGGAACGAAUUCUUGACAGGAAAAUCGAGAGGCUUGCGCUUCACGAAGGUUUCGCAUCGAAUCUCGCCAAAAGAGGACCACUUUCGGGAAGGAAGGCAUCUGAUCGGUCAGUGCGCUCCAUAGUUCGUCUCUUCGAGGAGUCGGUAGGUGCUCCAGAGAGUCCAGUAUCCAACAGACUGGUGCUGGUAUCGGGCGCGAGCGAUAGAGUUGGGGCGAGGGAUGGAAAGGAAGGCCGCCGGGUCACCCACACGAGUAACCAAUGCAGCAAUACCCCGACCAAGCGCCCAGAAAACCCGCGACAACAAGAAAAUCAAUCGCUCAGCGUCACAUACUCAAUGUUCCCGUCAGUUCGGGUCGGCUACCAAGUCGAGGACUACUCAUUGACCCUGCUCAGGCACAAAUCCUACUUCAACAACAGACCGCUGGCGCGGUGUUUGGAUGACAUCGCUGGCAAGGACCUGAAAAAUGAAGACCAGCGGGUCAAAGGCAAGAAAGAAGGGGGCAAGAAACAAGACAAGGAGAAUGGGGAGACACAGAGAGUUAGAGAUGGCCGGGAGAGGAAGGGAAACGGGGCCACCUUGCCAAACCAAAGAAACACGUCCUCGCCUCUUCAGCAGCUCGACAACUUGAUGAGUGACCUGCUUAUCUGGAAGGACGUACCUGAGCCUGAAGCGCUCAAGCUGGAGAGACGGGGUUCGCCAGAAGUCAAAGGCUUUUGGAGCGAGGUGCGGACCCAGCUAUGGGUCGACGAAGGAGAAAUAUACAACAGAGAGAGGCCGAUGUCAACAGCACAACUAGGUAUCGACGAUGGCACUUUGAUGUCGUCGGGAUCGGCCGCACAAUUUCCUACCUCGUGUUUCGCAAACCCAGAGACAGAACACUCACCUCCACCUCCACCCACUCGACCUCCGCCUCCCAUACCGGCGGCUGUUCGAGGGCGGUCUCGCUCAGCUAUUUCCUCGCAAUGGGACCAACACUCAAUGGCACAUUCUCUGGAGCCCUUCCCCGACCCGGAAAGCGAUUAUCUUGCCUGGGGCAAGCCGCGGCCAACAUCAUCCGUGAGACUAAGCAUGUCCGCGCCAGGAUGCCCAGACAUUGCAGACCUCUUAUUCGACAUGCAAAUUGAGCCUGAGCCGCCCAGUUUGACAGAGCCUGCCCGGCCGCUGCCCAUCCCACCAACACAACCCAGCCAUUCGCGUUAUCCCAGUAGCGGCGGCAGCGGCCCCUGGACCCGCCCGCCGAUGUGGCGCUCCCCGUCCUCACUGGAGUCGUCUUCACCGCCGCCGGUACCCCCUCUGCCAGUACCGAUCCCAACACCAACAAGUUGCCGCCACCACAGCCGCGCAAACCAUAGUAGACAUCGCCAUCCGCCUCACUCGUCCGAGCCAUCCGCUUCCACGUUUACCUCAGUCUCCACCAACAGCGCCGCCGUCACCAACAGCAGCGGGAGGAGCAUCCACAGCAGGCGGACGCCGGCGACCUCGACUAGUUCGAUCGCAACGCGCUCGACCCGUGCCGACUCGGGCACAGACUUGUCGUCAAGCUGCCGCCCACCCCAGCCUCGGCGACGGCUGACAACCGAGGAGAAGCUCUCCGAGAUCGACGCGUUUCUGUCGCCGGAGCGGGAGGAUAAGGAUAGGGAGGGGUGGAUCUGACGGGGCGGCAUUCCACUUGUGGCCUCGGCGGGCGGUUUUUGUGUUUGGAUUGAGGCGUUACGACGGUUGAUAGCGGCGGUGGUAGUAGGAUCAUUCACGGAAAGAAGUG